GACAUUUUUGACGUGUUUGGCGCAAAAGCACGUCCAAAUUUGAAAUAACGACGUUAACCUCAAAUAAGGUUGUUUUCGACACUUAACAACAUCUUUGCAAUCAAUCGUAAUGGAAGCGAUCGCAUCAACAGCGAGUAUCAAUGCGGAUGAGGAUUUGGAUGAUUUCACUCCGGCGAAACUAGUCAAAACGUUAGAGAAAAAUGGCAUCACAGCUGGAGAUAUUAAGAAGCUCCAAGAUGCUGGAUACUACACUGUCGAGGCAGUGGCCUACGCGACCAAGAAGGAUCUCUUGACGAUCAAGGGCAUCAGUGAAGUCAAAGCAGAUAAAUUGCAGCAGGAGGCCUCCAAGAUGGUCAUGAUGGGCUUUAAGAGCGCCACGGAGGUAUAUCAAACACGAUCGAAUAUCGUCUAUAUCACUACAGGUUCCAAGGAAUUGGACAAGCUAUUAGGUGGAGGAAUAGAAACUGGCUCUAUCACAGAGAUCUUUGGAGAGUUCAGAUCAGGAAAGUCUCAACUGUGUCACACUCUCGCUGUGAACUGUCAGUUACCCAUCAGCAUGGGUGGCGCAGAGGGCAAAUGUCUCUACAUAGAUACAGAGAAUACUUUUAGACCAGAAAGAUUAAUAGCAGCGGCAGAAAAGUACAAGAUCAAUGGACAGUCAGUUCUCGAUAACGUCGCUUGUGCAAGAGCGUUCAACACUGAUCAUCAGACUAAGUUGUUGCUUUUAGCCAGUGCCAUGAUGACAGAGGCAAGAUAUGCCCUGUUGAUAGUUGACAGUGCGACCGGUUUAUAUAGAACCGAUUACACCGGCAGGGGUGAAUUAUCAGCUAGACAAGUUCAUCUAGGGAGAUUCCUUAGAAUGCUGCUGCGACUGGCGGAUGAACACGGGAUAGCCGUGGUUAUAACGAAUCAAGUGGUUGCACAAGUCGACGGCGCCGCUAGUAUGUUCGGCGGUGAUCAGAAAAAACCGAUUGGUGGUCACAUUUUAGCUCACUCAAGCACAACAAGAUUGUACUUGCGUAAAGGCAGAGGAGAAACUAGGAUAUGCAAGGUAUAUGAUUCACCGUGUUUACCAGAGAGUGAGGCGACAUUUGCCAUAAAUCCAGAUGGCAUAGGCGAUGUAAAAGAAUAAGUUUAAACUGAAGAAUUAGAAUAAAAAAGAACAUAAUAAAUUAUUAUACACAGUGAUUUGUUUUUAAGAAAACCGACAAAUGUAUUUCACGCAUUGGAUAUCAGCUUAUCUUUGUUAAGAUGAAGUUAAACAAGAGAUAAAUGUCUCUCUCGCUCACGUUGGAUAAUGUUAGUUAUAUAUCUUAAAAUAAUUGAAGAGUUCAAGAAAGGACAAUAAAUUCUACGCAAUCGAAGUUAAUUGUUAAGUUA